AUGGAUGAGAAUGGAGGCAAUAAGGUUGCUCAGCUUCGUGAAGUGUUGGUUGUCUCAAUGAUCAAUGUGACAAAACAACCGGACAUUGUACAUGUAAAUAUGGCUACUAUUAUUCGAGAUGCUCAUACAAGUGCGGUGAAGGAUGUUCCAAUGGGCAAUGUAACAGAACAACGGGAUAUUGUACAUGUAAAGAUGGCUACUAUAAUUCGAGAUGCUCAUACAGGUGCGGUGAAGGAUGUUCCAAUGGUCAAUGUAACAGAACAACGGGAUAUUGUACAUGUAAAGAUGGCUACUAUAAUGCGAGAUGCUCAUACAGAUGGCUACUAUAAUGCGAGAUGCUCAUACAGGUGCGGUGAAGUAUGUUCCAAUGGUCGAUGUAACAGAACAACGGGAUAUUGUACAUGUAGAGAUGGCUACUAUAAUGCGAGAUGCUCAUACAAGUGCGGUGAAGGAUGUUCCAAUGGUCAAUGUGACACAGCAACGGGAUAUUGUACAUGUAAAGAUGGCUACUAUAAUGCGAGAUGCUCAUACAGGUGCGGUGAAGGAUGUUCCAAUGGUCGAUGUAACAGAACAACGGGAUAUUGUACAUGUAGAGAUGGCUACUAUAAUGCGAGAUGCUCAUACAAGUGCGGUGAAGGAUGUUCCAAUGGUCGAUGUGACCAAACAUCGGGAUAUUGUACAUGUAAAGAUGGCUACUAUAAUGCGAGAUGCUCAUAUAAGUGCGGUGAAGGAUGUUCCAAUGGUCGAUGUGACAGUACAACGGGAUAUUGUACAUGUAAAUAUGGCUACUAUAAUGCGAGAUGCUCAUAUAAAUGCGGAGAAGGAUGUUCCAAUGGUCGAUGUGACACAGCAACGGGAUAUUGUACAUGUAAAGAUGGCUACUAUAAUGCGAGAUGCUCAUAUAAGUGCGGUGAAGGAUGUUCCAAUGGUCGAUGUGACAGUACAACGGGAUAUUGUACAUGUAGAGAUGGCUACUAUAAUGCGAGAUGCUCAUAUAAGUGCGGUGAAAGAUGCUAUGGGCAAUCUAACAGAACAACGGGAUAUUGUACAUGUAGAGAUGGCUACUAUAAUGCGAGAUGCUCAUACAAGUGCGGUGAAGGAUGUUCCAAUGGUCGAUGUGACCAACAUCGGGAUAUUGUACGUGUAAAGAUGGCUACUAUAAUGCGAGAUGCUCAUAUAAGUGCGGUGAAGGAUGUUCCAAUGGUCGAUGUGACACAAUAA